AUGUUGACUAAUAUUUGGUUUUUCAAAAAACUAUGGAUCCCUAUACUGUUUCGAGAAAAUGUAUUGGAUGAUGCGGGUGUUCCCUUUGGUUUCUAUUUCACUUAUGUUCUCAAAUAUCAUGCAAAUAUACCUUCUUACAUCCUACCUACUCAUGAUGAAGAAUCUUGGGGUGACAGGAAUUCUAUACAACAGAGUACAUGUGAAGAUCUACAAUCAAAACUGGAUAAUAAUGCUAUUUGGAACAAUCAAAUCGAACAUGGUUAUCCUCUGGUGUUUAAAGAAUCAUUGUUAAAGAAUACAGAAUUGAACAGAAUAUUGUUUGUUAUUGAUGGUUAUUAUCAGGAAAAAAUGUUUAGACCAUUAUUUUGCAGAUUAUCAUUGAUCAAUGAUAAUUUGAUAAAUGUGGUGGUGACUGGUAAUUCACGAGGAAUGUCUGCCUCGAAACUAAGAUCCUCUCUUGUGGAAAAUCAAUAUUCAGAAUGUAAAAAUAUAGAAAUCUAUGAUUUAGACAUUAAAACAGAUUCCCGAAACAGAAUUUCUAGAAAUGAUGAUAUUGAAUUAAAAAUCAAAGUUUUUCAUGGUGUUGGUCGUAUAAUACAGUUCCUAAAACCAGAAGUUAUAUUCUAUUCUAAAAUUGCAAAAGAUGAAGUAAUCCAAGGAAUAACAAUUGCUGCAAAUGAAAUAAAAAACAUUACCAAAAUACAAUUGCCUUUGGACGAAGUACAUUAUGCGAUAGAUAUUAUUGCUGACUUGCCAUUUAAAGCAUUAAAAAGAAUGUCUGCCUCGAAACUAAGAUCCUCUCUUGUGGAAAAUCAAUAUUCAGAAUGUAAAAAUAUAGAAAUCUAUGAUUUAGACAUUAAAACAGAUUCCCGAAACAGAAUUUCUAGAAAUGAUGAUAUUGAAUUAAAAAUCAAAGUUUUUCAUGGUGUUGGUCGUAUAAUACAGUUCCUAAAACCAGAAGUUAUAUUCUAUUCUAAAAUUGCAAAAGAUGAAGUAAUCCAAGGAAUAACAAUUGCUGCAAAUGAAAUAAAAAACAUUACCAAAAUACAAUUGCCUUUGGACGAAGUACAUUAUGCGAUAGAUAUUAUUGCUGACUUGCCAUUUAAAGCAUUAAAAAGUGAAUAUCGUGGUAGGUAUGAUUUAUUGAUUGACUUAUGGCAAACCUGGCUUACAACUAAUUCUUUCGCUUCAGGAAUAUGGAUGAAUCCAUCGAUUUCUUGGUGA